AUGGCGUCCAAUUUCACACCAACCAAGGAUGUGGUCGAUAUGACGGAACGUUCUAUUAAAUCAACCAAGUUACGACGAGGUAGUAGAGCAACAGGAGGUAGUGGAAAUGGUAAUUUAACCAAUUAUCAACGUAAAAUCAUUUGUGAAUUUUAUCGUAAAAGUGGGGGUGUCAUGUCCCAAAAAGACUUGGCACAAUGGACAAAACAUGAAUUUCAGCUGAAGAAAACACCUGCCCAGUCAACAAUAUCUGGAAUUCUACGACGUCAACAUGAGUUUAUUAAUAUGAGUUCAUUAGAAUUAGGAAUUAAGAAACGUCGUGUUGUACAGCAUCCACAGCUUGAUAGUGCAUUGGCCAAUUGGGUCAUUCAAAUGGCUGGACGAGGUCAUACGGUUCAAGGUGAUUUAACAAAAGAAAAAGCCAAGGAAUUUGCAACCAUGUUGGGCAUUCCAGAAAAUGAACAACCGGAAUUUUCGAAUGGAUGGCUACAUUCUUUUCAAUUACGUCAUAACUUUAGUUUUAGAAAAUUUAAUGCCGAUCAUCAUCAACAACAAGUAGCAAUGGGUGCUGCUGCUACUGCUGCUGCUAGUACUGAUGCUGCGAUGGUACUGCUGAUUUGGAUGAUGGGAUGUCGACAACUGGUCGACAUUCAACGAUAA